AUGGCUCCCGCUAACCUGCCCUCGGUCUUCAAUGCCACUUCCCAGGACAUUGAGAUGCUGCUUGCAGCUCAAGCCCACCUGGGAAGCAAGAACCUCCAGACUCACAUGGAGCCCUACCUCUGGAAGACCCGCGCCGACGGUGUCAACGUGAUCAACGUUGGCAAGACCUGGGAGAAGAUUGUCCUGGCCGCCCGCAUCAUCGCCGCCAUUGACAACCCGGCCGACAUUUGCGUCAUCUCCGCCCGUCCCUACGGCCAGCGCGCUGUCCUCAAGUUCGCUUCCCACACCGGUGCCGUCGCCAUCGCCGGUCGCUUCACCCCCGGUUCCUUCACCAACUACAUCACCCGUUCCUUCAAGGAGCCCCGCCUGAUUAUCGUCACCGACCCCCGCACCGACGCCCAGGCUAUCAAGGAGGCCAGCUACGUCAACAUCCCCGUCAUCGCCCUCUGCGACACCGACUCUCCCACCGAGUACGUCGACGUUGCCAUCCCCACCAACAACAAGGGCCGUCACUCCAUCGGUCUCGUCUGGUGGAUGCUCGCCCGUGAGGUCCUCCGCCUCCGCGGCACCAUCUACAACCGCGAGACCCCCUGGGACGUCAUGGUCGAUCUGUACUUCUACCGCGACCCUGAGGCCGAGGCUGAGGACAAGGUUGAGGAGGAGAAGCUCCCCGGCGUUGAGGAGGAGGGCCCCGCUGCCAUCGAGUCCGGCUUCCCCGCCGCCGGUGGUGACUGGGACGCCGCCCCUGCUGCCGCUGGCUUCACCGGUGCCCCCGCCGCCACCAACUGGGACGGUGCUGAGGGUGACUGGGCUGCCGCUGGCGCUGCCGGCACCGCUGGCGACUGGGCCGGCGAGGCCUCCGCCGCUGCUGCUCCCAAGGAGUCUCAGUGGUAA